GAGCAGCACAAGUGAACUCACUGAGGAGCUGAAAGUCGAGGCGGGGCGAAAACUGGUCGACAGUAAACCUCUCUCUGCCUCCUUGUCUCUCUGUCUGUCUUUCUGUGUGCUCUCUGUCUCAAACAUUCUCGCCAACAUGCCUCAAGCAUGACAAUAAACUGGUUUAGCUGGGUGACGGGGGAAAAAAAAACCAUGUAACAGAAAACUUUCGACGAGUCCCACCUGGACGACGAGCACGGCGCAGUUGUGAAGGAAAACAUGGUAAAGAAGGCAACAUGAGGGGCUUGAAGUUCAACAUGGAAGUUUGACGACUAAAUAACUGGGACAGUAUGGCACGUCGCUCUCAGUGUUCCUCUGCUGGGGAUAACCCCCUGGACCCCAACUACCUCCCCCCUCACUAUCGGGAAGAGUACCGCUUGGCUGUUGACGCACUGAUCGAGGAGGACUUGGAGGGAUACUAUCAAUUUCUCCAAAAAGCAGAUGUGGUGGACUUCCUGUCCACACCUGAGAUUCAGUAUAUUCAGAGCUCUGUUCAGGUCCCUCAGCAGAGCAGCUUCCCUGAACAACAUUUUCUGGAGAUCGGGGGAGAUGGCUCCUCAGACACUUACUGGCCAAUUCACUCCGACCUGGACGCCCCAGGGUUGGACCUCGGCUGGCCUCAGCUGCAUCACUUCAUUGGACCCACAGAGGUCACCACUCUGGUCAACCCACCUGAGCCCGACAUGCCGAGUAUCAAGGAGCAGGCGAGACGACUUAUCAAGAAUGCUCGGCAGGUUGUUGCUAUAGUGAUGGAUAUGUUUACCGAUGUUGACAUGUUUGCGGAUAUUCUCGAUGCUGCCAUGAGGAAUGUUGCCGUCUACAUCCUUCUAGACGAGCAAAAUGCACAUCACUUUGUCAACAUGGUGUCCAACUGCAGAGUCAAUCUACACAACAUUCAACUUUUACGUGUGAGAACAGUGUCUGGCAUCACGUAUCAAUGCCGCUCGGGGAAAUCCUUCAAAGGUCAGAUGAUGGAUCGCUUCUUGUUGACAGACUGCAGGGCUGUGCUGAGUGGAAACUACAGCUUCAUGUGGUCUUUUGAGAAGCUCCACCGCUGUAUGGCACACCUUUUCCUUGGACAGCUUGUAUCGACUUUCGAUGAGGAGUUUCGGAUUCUGUUUGCUCAGUCUCAACCGCUGGUGAUUGAAACUGUCGCUCCAAUGGAAGAGUUUAGCCUUGUUCAAAAGAGGCAAUAUCCAAGUGAAAGAACAAUGUAUAGGGACCCAAAGAAAUUUCAGUCACUGGACACUGCUCAUCCAGAUGAUUGGCCAAGACAUUCCUACAAUGAACGCACGGAUAUGGAUUGGAGAAUGAUGCCUCUUAAAAAGCAGGAAUCCUUGCACGGUCCUGCUGAUAUGUACGGCAAACAUACAUCUCAGCAAUCUCGCAUGGAUCCUUCUUUUGAUCAGGGCCCCUCCAGGAUGCCCAUGAUGGAAAAUCUUGCCUUCAAACGUCACAGUUAUGCUGAAGGCACUCAUGGUAGAUUUUCUUACCCAUUCUUGCAACAACAGGGAAUGCCAGAGCCUGAGAACCAGGGAAGGCAUUUCCACAGGGGACAGCUGCCCUAUCCAGGACCCGGACCAGGAAAAGAAGCAGAUUACAGUGCCUAUGACAAGUUCUGGAACCAAGACUUUCAUCCAUCAGAUCAGUACUCUGACCCUGGUUUCCCACAAGAGAUGGAACCGCCUGAUAACUUUGACCCUGUGCUAAACUAUUUAUCAUCCACCAGAGUUGGAGAGUUUGACCAGAGCUCAGAGAAAUUGCCACCCGCAGCAGAUUUACCAUUUGGUUCACCUCACACUAGAAGAUUGAGUUUGGGCAAUCCAACUGAUCAAAAGCAGUUAAUUCCAGAGCCAAACACAGACCGCAAAGAUCCCAUGGUGAAACGGGGCCUAAGAAACUGGAGGAUUAGCUCAUACCUCAGUGCAUAUGAUAAUCCAGGGGACGAAGGCCUGCCAUCGGCACCGAUUAAUGCACCAGAACCUUUUGAAGAGCCCUCCAACAUCACACAGCAAACACCAGGGAUAGACUUACCAGCCACUAAAAUCCCCAAUGUCAGAGAGUUUAAGGUUCCUGCAGUACCCAGGGCAAGUCAGAUGCCAAGUUAUGCCAAAAUCACUGCACGAGAACAGCCCAAGAAAUUGCAUGAUGAACCAACUGCAGCAGCAGCAGAGACCAAAAUAACACCAACGCCUUCAGAUUCAUCAUCCACACCUGAAGUGGAGAAGAUAGAGGAGGCAGAGCAAAAGGAAACAAAAAUUGUUGGUCUUCGAAGGGAAGAGUCGUUCCGUCGUAAAUACAAUGCAGCAGUACCGAGGAGCUCUAGGUUAAGAUCCUCUCUCAUAUUCAGCUCUAUGGAGCAGCAGAAUACCGCACAAGAUGCCAAAAUGGCUUCAGGCCAACUGGAUGAGGAAAGUGACAAAAAUGAGGCAGAGCAGACAAAACUACCGUUUGUUUCUCCGGUUUUGGGACAAAGGAGGUCAACUCCGAGAGAACCCUUUGAAUGGAGCCGUUAUAUAAAGUCAGCCACCUUUGAUAACGCUUCCUCAGACCCAUCCAAACCAGAUGAUGGAAACAGUAAACCAGAUGAUAAAGAUUCACCAAAGGACGAAAAUUCAAAGAAUCUCUCAGAGGUACAAGAAUCAUCAAAACCACCAAAUGUCGAGCAAGGAAAUUCUUCUUCAUCAGUGCCCCGAUUGAAGGCUUUUGAAGCUGAGCUGGUUAAAACCGAUCAACCAAUCCAGCCAUCCAAGUCUUUGCUCACCACUCCAGCCUAUGUAGAUAUGAAUGAUCCUGAUAAGAGGCUCAUGUUUUUCAAAGAACUGGCAGCAAAACGCAAGGCUGCAGAAGCUGAAAAGGGCAAAGAUAAGGCUCAGAUGAAACCAACAACUGAGCUAGAAAAAGAUACUACUGUUAAAAAGAAGGAACCAAAAGAAAUCUCAGAAAAGAGGGCUGAUACUUCAACACCUGAGGGUUCAUUAGGGAAAAAGGCUGCUGCAGAGGAUGCAGAGAAAACAGUAUCCACAGAAGCAUGCAAGUCAGUCAGUCUGUCUUCAGAUCUGAAUGAUAAAUCUGAUAAGCAUGAUAGUCAGGUUAAGACUGAACCCAAAAGCUGUAAACAAGAACAAACCAGAGUUUCAGUCAGUUCAAAGAAGAUCGAGUUGAAUACCAGCCAAUCAGCAACAACUUUGCCUGUUUCUGCAGAAAAUGAAGCACAUAAGAGCAGCCCAUCGGAAGAGCCAAAGCUGUCGAAUCCUGCUGUAAAACCGAGGAGCCUCAGUCAGCCACCUACACCAACAGGUGCUACUCCUGGUACACCAACAAAUGCUACUCCUGCUAGUGUUCCUUCUCUUGCACAAGGUAAUGAUGGAGGUGAAAGCCCAUGCCUUAAUUCUACCUCAGAGGAGUCUAGUUCACUCACCCCCAGUUCAGUGGAGUUACCACCAUCUGCUAAAUCUGCUGCAUUGGAUUCUAACACCCAGAAUCCUGAAUCAGUUCAGUUAGAAACUAGCAUCUCAUCUCCUCCACUGCUAUCCGAACAACACACUGGAUCAGAAUUAAGUUCUUCUAACCCAUCAGACCAAAGCCCUUCCUCUGAUCACACUCUGCCAGAAUCUGGUCCACAGAUCUGUCCAGGUCCUGCACCCACUCCAGCAGAGACCACAUCCUCUCAUGAUACCCAAGCAAACUCGAGCUCAGCCUUAACUUCAAGCAAAAUGUCCCCAAAUGGACAGGAAUCUGUCAGCUCCUCAACACCAGAAUCCUCCCAACUGACAUCAUCCAAGACCCUUUCAGUAGACGACGCUGCACAUGUGGAAUCUGAUCAUUCUUCUGAUGCAUGUGCUGCUGGUUCAGAGCCAAACACAUCCUCAUUAGAGUUCACUACAAAGACGAUGUCUGAGGAAUCUUGUGCUCCUACACCUUCAGAAAAAGAUGUACCUGGAUCAGAAAACAACUCAAAGGCUGUUGGAGAGGAUUCUGAGGUUUCUGGAUCAUCAAAGGAUGUCAAAGCUCAAGCUGAUAGCACCUCUCCUAGUCUUAGCACUUCAUCACCUGAAUCAGGUUUACCUAAUGUAUCUGAUCUAGAGAUUAAAUCCAAAUCUGAUCAAAAUGAGACUGUUACUCCAACCCCCUCUGAAGCAGACAUUCCAGCAGAAACAAGCUCUCCAAUUCAUCCGGACUUAACUCCUAAUGCUUCCCAGUCAAUACAAGUGACCCCUCCCUCUGAACUUAACCUGAAAGAAUCUGUCACUCCCUCUCCUGCUGAAACAGUAUCAUGCUCUUCUCCUCUAACUAAAUCACUUGGAUCGGUUUUGUCCCCAGAGGCUGAACAAACAUUGUCUGCAUUGUGCAGUCCUCCAGAUACCAAGUCUCCUCAAAAGCAUAUUGCAGCAGACUCAAACGAAACAGAAACAUCUCACCCAACUGAGUUAACCCCAAAAGUCUCAACAGAACCUGAUCUGCCAUGCAAAACAUCUGAUUCUGUGAUUUCUGAAACCUGUACUUCAGAGCCACCUGCACCUGCUGAAACUGCAUCAUGUUCCUCUCCUCCAACUAAGUCAGUUGGACCUGUUUUGUCCCCUGAAGCUGAAAAAACAUUGUCUGCAUCACACAGUCCUCCAGAUGCUUUACCUAAGCAGACUGUAACCGACUCAAAUGAAACUCCAAAGCUCUCAUCAACAGAAACAUCCAACCCAACUGUGCCUACCUCAAAAGUGCCAACAGAGCCUGAUCCACCAAGCACAACACCUGAAUCUGUGACUCCUGAAACCCAACCUUCAGAGCCCCUCGUACCUGCUGAAAACAGUAACGUGGACAGUCAGAAUGAAGUAAACAAAGAGUCUAAAAUGCCUGAUCCCAGUGAGAAUGAAACUGUUGAUACCAAGGCGACAAAUGAGGUUAAUAAAGCUGCUACAAAGGAAUCAGUCUGCAAUGAGAAAACAAAUGACCAAGUAAAGGAAAAUAACUGUACCGAAUCGCCAGAAAUCACAUCAGAUGAAGUCAUUCCUCUGUCACCACAGUCCAAGCAGCAAAAAUCAAGCCAGUCUCGCUACCAAUCAUCAACAGCCAACGUGCUCUCAAGCAGCAACCUCAGAGACGAUACCAAGCUGCUCCUAGAGCAAAUCUCAGCUAAUAACCAAAGCAGGAACGAAGCUGCCAAAGAGUCUCCUGUCACAGAUGACGAGAAAGAGGACAAAGCUGACAAAAAUGCCAAAAGGGAGAAAGAAAGAGGGAUCACAGCUCUUACCAGAGGGCAGCAGAAGCCAGCUCAAGAACGUGAGAAGCUGCUGGAGAAGAUUCAGAGCAUGAGGAAGGAGAGGAAAGUUUACAGCCGAUUUGAGAUGGCACCUUAAAUGGGAGCCAAAGCAAGUUGAAAGGAGAAACGGCACAUUGUUUUGUGUGUGUAGGAAGAAGAAAAGGCAAGUAAGAAGCUAGCGCGCUGUAGCUCACCUGGCAGAGCAUGCGUAAUCUAAGUCUGACUCCUUAUGGCAGCAGAUUGUAGCCCUCUACUGUCAUCCACCCCCACUCUCUUACUGUCUUUCCUUGUCUGUAUUAUCCAAUAAAGGCAAAAAGACACAAACAAAAAAAAAAAAAGCUGAAAGGAUGACCAGGACAUAUUCUCACCAAAGAUUCAAAGAUAUUUAUUUCAGGGGCAGAGCGGGUGGGGUGGCCUUUGAGCUUUGGCUCUAAAUGUUUUUUUAAAAGCACAGAAUCUUUUAGGCUCUUAAAAUACCUUAGCCUUUGUGUCAGUCACAUAAUAUUAUAUGCCCAUGUUGUUUAUCCUACUAUGCUGUUCCUUAAAUAAAUCUAGUGAUUUGGCAUUGUUAGGGAUCAUUGAUUUGCAGUUAGAGCAACUCAGAUUAUUAUGGCAUGGAUUCAAAGUGUUUACCCCUAAAUUCUGCCCUGGCUGUGUUAGGCAACUUGAAAAUAAUAAGAUUUGAGAAUUUUUAAAAAAUCUUUUUAGGUGGCAGGAGUGAAAAGUAGUCCUCGUCAUUAUUUGUUGUUUCAUGUUAUGGUUUCAGAAUAAGUUGUAGAACAAUUAGAUACAAAGUUAGAUUACAAUUUUGUAUCUAAUUGUUACAAUUGGAUAAAAAUUAGGAUGCAGGCUCUACAGGAUGAUUCAUUUCCUUGGCAAGUGUCAUGUUUUUCUCAAAUUAUGUACAGAUUUUCAGACAUGCUGUCAUAUUAAAUGGCUUGAAAAGUGGUACAUGUAGCUGCUGUAAAUGGGGGAAAAAUUCUUUAGGGGAGCAUACCCCAAUGAAGCCCAAAUUUUUAUACCCUGUUUAAUAGAAAUUAUUUUUUUUCUCUACUUAUCCACAUACAAGGCAUAUUAUGUGAAGAAGAAGUGGUGGCACUAAAUUUUUAAGUCUAAAACUAUUAUUAAUAUGAAUAAAUAUCUUAAUUACAUGUACUCACAUACAAGAAAGGACUUCUUCCUGUGGGUGAAUCACCAAGUUGCUACCAGUGUGAAAGGCAGAUGGACUGAGACUACGUGUGUGAUCAAAUACGUUUUUACUGACUGCAUGGGUAAAGUGCAAUGUUUGUGCAGGUUGUCUCUGUGAUGCAGUCUGUUCUUGCCAUUUUGACAGCCAUGAUUAAUUGUAUCUGGUUUUAAGACAAAAUGUGACGUAGAAGAUAGUCUAAAGUAGUCGGAGUUUGUACAACUGUAAUAUACUGUAGCUCAUAUUUUAGUUUUUCACAAUCAUGUUAAUCAAAGAUGUUGAUAAUCAAAUGUGUCUUUGAAACAAGUGGAUAUAUUUAUUUAUAUCCAUGCAGUGCUUUUGUUGUUCUGGUGUAAAUAAAUGUAGCUUUAAAUCUUUGUUAUCUGAAUCAAACAUGGAAUUGAAAAAUUAUGAACAAACCUGAAAUUGAAACAGAAUUGCAGCUCACAGUAAACAUAGUGUAUUUUCAGUAUGAAUGCGCAGAUCAUUGCACACUGUAUGCAGUGGGUUUUUUUUUUGUUUGUUUGUUUGUUUGUUUAUUUCUUUUGUCUAUCAAACAUUAUCCAGUAGGAGUCUUUGCGGUUCAGUUUUCCAAGCUGCAUGCCUUAAAGGGUCAGUUCACUCCAGUUACCUGAAUCAUCCAAAUUAUGUUUACUUUGAUUUGGGAAACAAACAAAUGUAAAGAAAGAUUUGUUGCUUUUUCAGUGUUAAAUUUUUGGGUCAUAGGAAGCUGGAGCUACCUGUAUAGUGACGUUCCACCCGGGGAAAGUGACUAAUUUUGAGGUUAUGUUUGUAAUUUUCUGAACUGACCCUUGAACUGUCUUUAAAAAUGUGGUUUGUUCAAUUAAAACUUGUCACACCUGUACACCGAAACAAGAAACUACAAAACUGCAAAAAAUAAUAAUAAUUACACAACAGUAUGUAGAAUUGUGCUCUGAAAGUUACUCUUUUCAUAAUGGAUUUAUGAAAACUUUCCAUUUGUAAAUAAAAAUUCUUAUGUUAUU